AUGGCGACCUCAGAGACGAUUAGGAACGAGCUGAAGCGGAAGUGUGUCUUCCGUGACUUCUACCGGAGUAUCCACCCACGCAUAGUGAAGCAUCAUCAGUGGGUGGUCCUUAUGCGGGACCACGCAGAGGUCAUCAUUCAGAGAGCAGUGGAGGCACUGGACAUGUGGAAGGACACCUGGCAGUUAGCAGCCCCAGACCUCCUGAACAUGGGCGAAGGUUGCAGUGAUGAAUCGGUUCCUGUGGUGGCCCUUCUCCUUGAUGUCGAACUCAGUGAGCGGAGCACCGGGAACACGUGGGCCGACCUGACGCGGAUUGGGGUAGAGCAGCAAUGCCUGACUUAUGUUCUUUGGCGGCAUUGCUUUACAGAAAGUCGUUUGGACCACUCGGAGAACAUUGCCAAAGAUCUCGACAUAGUCUUCAAGCACGGCCAGUUCCGCAUGCUAACGGACCGCGAGUUCAACUUCUUCAAGUCGGCCUUAAAACGUGAGCUAAACGGCUACCCGGCCGUUUUCGACACUCUAUCUAUUGAAUAUCUUUGGAAGCUGGUGCAGGAAGGCUUCAUGUUUGCGCGGAAGUUUGUGAAAGGCUUGCGCGUGGCAGUUGGCAACGGCCACUUCCCACUGGCCGCGGUCCUUCCCGCCUUGUGGGACCUGAUAGAUGAGGGCAAUGCCUCCAAGAGGAUAUGGACGCGGCUGUCCACUGAAGGUAAGCCGCGACAAGUCUGA